UACUACGUCUGACGUCUAAAAGUUCGAAGGUUACAGGUAGCUACGUCGUGGAGGGUUUUGUCAACACAAACGCUUGAGAUAGUAUAGCGAGGUAGCUUUCUUUUUUAUUUGAACAUGUGAAAUAUAAGACUGUUGGGUUUGAUAUAUUUGUAGGUUACGCUCAAAAUAUAUCAUUUACCGUUUGUGUCGUAUUCGACACAUAGCUACGGGCUACGCGACCGAGGAAUCUAGCUAGCGAACGUUAACUCAGCACAGGAGGCCGAGGACCACAACAUCAGAAAGGAACAUGGUCGACGUCGGCGAAAUCGAGCUUCAAAAGCUCGAAUAUCUUUCUCUUGUUUCCAAAGUUUGCACGGAAUUGGACAACCAUUUGGGCAUUAACGACAAGGACCUAGCUGAAUUUGUGAUCAAUCUUGCGGAUAAGCACACAACUUUCGAUGGAUUCAAGGCGGUGUUGUUGAAAAAUGGAGCGGAAUUCACGGACUCGCUCGUUAGCAAUUUGCUGAGGCUAAUUCAGACGAUGAAAUCUGCUACGAAAGGAUCUUCAAGCAAAGCCGCAGAGCCUGUUGUGAAGCCAAAGAGCGAGAAGGACAAACUGAAGGAGAUGUUCCCUGCUUUGUGCCGGCCAGACAACCCUACCGUGAAGACCGUCCUGGACGAGGACGACGUGAAGGUGGCGGCUGACGCCAUGAAGGAGCUGGAGAUGUUCAUGCCCAGCGUGAGCGGGCCCGAUACCAAGAGGAGCCGACACCGGUCUGGGGAGGGCAGCAAGAAGAAGAGGAGCAGAAGCCGCAGUCGGGACCGUGACCGUGACAGGGACCGGGACAGGGACCGCGACCGCCACCACGACCGCGACCGCGACAGGGACAGAGACAGGAAGCGGCGCCACCGCUCGCGGUCCCGCUCCAGGUCUCGCUCCCGGGACCGGGACAGGGGGAAGGCGCGCGUGUCCCGCUGGAGGUCCCGCAGCCGCACCCCCAGCCCCCGGCGGGACAAGGAGAAGGGCGCCGACCGCUGGAAGGACAAACACGUGGACCGCCCGCCCCCCGAGGAGCCCUCCGUGGGGGACAUCUACAACGGCAAGGUCACCAGCAUCAUGCAGUUCGGCUGCUUCGUGCAGCUGGAGGGACUCAGGAAACGCUGGGAGGGCCUGGUCCACAUAUCUGAACUUCGGAGAGAGGGACGUGUGGCCAACGUAGCCGACGUUGUCAGCAAAGGUCAAAGGGUCAAGGUCAAGGUGCUGUCGUUCACGGGCUCCAAAACCAGCCUCAGCAUGAAGGACGUGGACCAGGACACGGGCGAGGACCUGAACCCCAACCGGAGGCGCAACGUGGGCCCCGAGGGCGGGGAGGAGAACGCCAUGCGGAACCCCGACCGGCCCGCCAAUCUCAACCUCGGCCACGCCCCCGAAGUGGAGGACGACACGCUGGAGCGCAAGAGGCUCACCAAGAUCUCCGACCCCGAGAAGUGGGAGAUCAAACAGAUGAUCGCUGCCAACGUGCUCUCUAAAGAGGAGUUCCCAGACUUCGAUGAGGAGACCGGCAUCCUCCCUAAAGUGGACGAUGAGGAAGAUGAGGACCUGGAGAUUGAGCUGGUGGAGGAGGAGCCCCCGUUCCUGAGGGGUCACACUAAGCAGAGCAUGGACAUGAGCCCCGUUAAAAUAGUCAAGAACCCGGACGGGUCGCUGUCGCAGGCGGCCAUGAUGCAGAGCGCCCUGGCCAAGGAGCGGCGGGAGGUGAAGCAGGCCCAGCGCGAGGCCGAGAUGGACUCCAUCCCCAUGGGGCUCAACAAGCACUGGGUGGACCCGCUGCCCGACGUCGAUGGAAGGCAGAUUGCCGCUAACAUGAGGGGCAUUGGCAUGAUGCCCAACGAUAUCCCAGAGUGGAAGAAGCACGCCUUCGGGGGCAACAAGGCCUCCUACGGCAAGAAGACCCAGAUGUCCAUCCUGGAGCAGCGGGAGAGCCUGCCCAUAUACAAGCUGAAGGAGCAGCUCAUCCAGGCUGUCCAUGAUAACCAGAUCCUGAUUGUGAUCGGGGAGACGGGCUCGGGGAAGACCACGCAGAUCACGCAGUACCUGGCCGAGGCGGGCUACACCACCCGCGGGAAGAUCGGCUGCACCCAGCCCCGCCGUGUGGCCGCCAUGUCCGUGGCCAAGAGGGUGUCUGAGGAGUACGGCUGCUGCCUGGGGCAGGAGGUGGGCUACACCAUCCGUUUCGAGGACUGCACCAGCCCGGAGACCGUCAUCAAGUACAUGACGGACGGCAUGCUCCUGCGGGAGUGCCUGAUCGACCCGGACCUGGGCCAGUACGCCAUCAUCAUGCUGGACGAGGCCCACGAGAGGACCAUCCACACCGACGUGCUCUUCGGCCUGCUGAAGAAGACGGUGCAGAAACGCACGGACAUGAAGCUGAUCGUGACCUCGGCCACGCUGGACGCCGUCAAGUUCUCGCAGUACUUCUACGAGGCCCCCAUCUUCACCAUCCCGGGCCGCACGUACCCCGUGGAGGUGCUCUACACCAAGGAGCCCGAGACGGACUACCUGGACGCCAGCCUCAUCACCGUCAUGCAGAUCCACCUGACCGAGCCGCCGGGAGACAUCCUGGUGUUCCUGACGGGGCAGGAGGAGAUCGACACGGCCUGCGAGAUCCUGUACGAGAGGAUGAAGUCCCUGGGCCCCGACGUGCCCGAGCUCAUCAUCCUGCCCGUCUACUCCGCCCUGCCCAGCGAGAUGCAGACCCGCAUCUUCGACCCCGCCCCGCCCGGCAGCAGAAAGGUCGUCAUUGCCACCAACAUCGCGGAGACCUCUUUGACCAUCGAUGGGAUCUACUAUGUGGUGGACCCAGGCUUUGUGAAACAGAAGGUGUACAACUCCAAGACCGGAAUCGACCAGCUCGUGGUCACUCCCAUCUCACAGGCCCAGGCUAAGCAGCGGGCAGGGCGGGCCGGCAGAACCGGACCGGGGAAGUGCUACAGACUGUACACAGAGCGCGCGUACCGGGACGAGAUGCUCACCACCAACGUGCCGGAGAUUCAGAGGACCAAUCUGGCCAGCACCGUGCUCUCUCUGAAGGCUAUGGGGAUCAAUGACUUGCUGUCGUUCGACUUCAUGGACGCGCCCCCCAUGGAGACGCUGAUCACGGCCAUGGAGCAGCUGUAUACUCUGGGGGCCCUGGACGACGAGGGGCUGCUGACCCGUCUGGGGCGCAGGAUGGCCGAGUUCCCUCUGGAGCCCAUGCUCUGUAAGAUGCUGAUCAUGUCUGUCCACCUGGGCUGCAGCGAGGAGAUGCUGACCAUCGUGUCCAUGCUGUCCGUGCAGAACGUCUUCUACCGGCCCAAGGACAAGCAGGCUCUGGCAGACCAGAAGAAGGCCAAGUUUCACCAGCCAGAGGGAGACCACCUGACACUGCUGGCCGUCUACAACUCCUGGAAGAACAACAAGUUCUCCAACCCCUGGUGCUACGAGAACUUCAUCCAGGCGCGGUCACUGCGCCGAGCACAGGACAUCCGCAAGCAGAUGCUGGGCAUCAUGGACCGGCACAAGCUGGACGUGGUGUCGUGUGGGAAGGCCACGGUGCGCGUGCAGAAGGCCAUCUGCAGCGGCUUCUUCCGCAACGCCGCCAAGAAGGACCCGCAGGAGGGCUACCGUACCCUCAUCGACCAGCAGGUGGUGUAUAUCCACCCGUCCAGCGCCCUCUUCAACCGCCAGCCCGAGUGGGUGGUGUACCACGAGCUGGUGCUCACCACCAAGGAGUACAUGCGGGAGGUGACCACCAUCGACCCGCGCUGGCUGGUGGAGUUCGCCCCCGCCUUCUUCAAAGUGUCCGACCCCACCCGGCUCAGCAAGCAGAAGAAGCAGCAGCGCUUGGAGCCGCUGUACAACCGCUACGAGGAGCCCAACGCCUGGCGAAUCUCCCGCGCCUUCCGCCGCCGCUAGCCCCAACCCCCCCACCCCCACCCCCCCGACCGCCGCCCGCUCCCAGCGGAAGGGGAGUCUUCACCUCUUUUUUUUUUCUUUAUUUAUUUUUUCAGUUUUCAGGACGGGGCGACUCCGGUGCGCUCAGGAACACACUCCA